AUACAUGUGUAUAUAUAUACUGGAUUACAUUUACACGAGUACGUAAUGGGAUUUCUCACCGGAUUAUGUUUCAAAAACAAAGAUUCAAUAGAUAUUAGUGAACCACAGACAACAAAGAGAGCGACUCAUUAUGAUAUGAAUAAUGACGCUAUUAUACAGGCAGGUGCAAAUCAAGCUGAUGAUCAAGAUGAAUCGCAUGACCGUGGGACGUGGGGCCAUAAGGCAGAGUUUAUGCUGUCCUGCAUUGGAUUAUCUGUGGGACUUGGUAACGUUUGGAGAUUCCCCUAUUUGGCAUUCAGACAUGGAGGAGCGGCCUUUCUCAUUGCUUAUUUGGUGCUCCAGAUCUUGAUUGGUAAACCAAUGUAUUUUAUGGAAUUAGUAAUGGGACAAUACUCAGCAAAGGGUCCAACAGGGGUUUGGGAAAUGAAUCCAAGUGCAAAAGGAAUUGGAAUCUCCAUGGCUAUGAUCUCCCUUGUUGUUGCUAUUUAUUACAACGUCAUCAUGGCAUAUACGUUAUUUUAUUUCUUCGCCUCCAUGCAGUCAGUACUACCAUGGUCCAACUGUGACAGUUUUAUCAACAGAACACUGAAGACUUGUGUCUCGGAGAGACUAAUGUGUACAGGAAAUGUAACCCUUGACAAAGCCGGUUGUAUAUGUAACGAAGCCCUAAAUGAACCUGGUUACAAUAUCGCUUGUGUCAACAGCACAAACUUCGUAACAGCCCCAGCUCUUUAUUUCGAUUUAGAGGUCACCCAGAAAUCUUCGGGCCUGGAACCAGAAAAUAUUGGCGCCCCGCUUUGGCGUUUGGCGCUGUGUUUAUUGCUAUCAUGGUUAAUUGUUGUGGCUUGUUUAUAUAAAGGUGUAAAAUCGUCAGGAAAGGUGGUGUAUUUCACAGCAACAUUUCCUUAUAUCAUUCUUCUGAUUCUCUUAAUCCGUGGAUGUACGAUGCCUGGAGCCAUUAAAGGCAUAAAAAAGUUUAUAAUUCCAGACUGGGAAAAAUUUACUGAUUUAUCGUUGUGGGUGGAUGCUGCGGGCCAAAUGUUCUUCUCACUCAGUGUGUGUUUUGGAGGAAUUAUGAUGUUUGGGAGUUACAACAAGUUUAAUAAUAAUAUUUAUAUAGACUCUCUCAUCAUCAGUGUGAUGGAUCUGGUGACCAGCAUCAUUGCAGGUUUUGUCAUCUUCAGCGUUUUAGGGGGUUUAUCGACAGAAUCCAAUGUGGAAAUCGACAAUUUAGCCAAAGGAGGUUUCGAGUUGGCCUUCGUCGUGUAUCCUGAAGCUUUGGCGCGUCUUCCGAUUCCACAUCUUUGGUCAAUUCUUUUCUUUUUCAUGUUAUUCAUCCUUGGACUGGACAGCGAGUUUGGUAUGCUUGAGACGGUCCUCACUUGCAUUCAAGAUGAAUAUCCGGAACUUCGAAAGUACAAAGGAUUCAUUUGUUUGGGCUUUGGUGUUUGCUGUUUCUUUUUUGCCUUACCAUGCGUCUGCCCUGGUGGAACCUAUGUCGUCUCUCUUCUUGAUGGGUAUGCUGCUGACUUUUCAGUGCUCUGUGUAGCAUCAUGCGAGCUAAUUGCUGUCAUGUGGGUUUAUGGUGCACGAAGAUUUAUAAAUAACGUUCAAUUCAUGAUCGGAUACCAGCCCCACCCAGCUGCCUUUUGGAUCUUUUGUUGGACUAUUUGUUCUCCAAUUCUAAUCUCAAUGCUUUUUGUUUACCGGAUGAUCCGGUACAAACCUCCCAAAUACGAUAAUGGUGAAGUUUAUCCGGAAUUUGCCCAGAUUGUUGGCUGGCUCUUAUCCGCUCUGUGUUUAUGCCCGAUACCACUUUACUGCGUUUAUAGGUUCAUCUAUGAAUUUAUAAAAUCCAAAAAACCAACCUGUAAAAAUGCAAAAAUAGUAAGACUUAAAGGCGUAAGUAUUAUAUUUUCGAUUCCAUUGUAUGCAGGCUUAACACCAACGUCAUCAUUUUACGAAGGGUGUAUGAAAAGAGUUUUGAAGCUCAAAAAAGCAAAAUAUGAUGAAAGUACAAGGCUUCAAGGCUUAAAGGCCUUGAGGGCUCAAAACUUUUCAUACACCCCUCGUAUGUCUACUUUCUAUGCUGUCAUGGGUUCGAUGAACCAACACGAUUUACAUCAGUUUUCCGUCCUCCUAGACAUAUUGGGGGAUCAGGAUCUCCAACAAACCAAUCCAGUCAUUCAGAAAAUUACUACACCUACAGAAUUCUGGCGCCCUGCUGGGAAUAAAAAAGAAACAAAAAAAGAAAGAAAAAUCAGGGAGAAAGGAGAGGAUAAUUAUGGUUAUGAAGGAAACAAGAAGUAUUAA